AUGUCGCUCUGCUUCAUGCCAGGAUCAUCGAAGCCCAUCAUCAUGAGACUCAAAGCGUUGUUCGUCAUCUUCUCGCUCGCACUGCCCACCUGCAUCGCCACACCUGUUCCUCCCUGUGACAUGAGGCCCCUCGUGAGUGCCGACAUCACAGCCAUCGCACCGAUANGUGCGUCUUGCGUUGGAGCACCAUAUUCUGCCGAGUGCGCAACUGCCACCGACGCAGCACCCUGGGUCAACCUGGCCUUCCACUCUUUCGGAAUACACGCCUUUGGCACACAGGCCGCUCUGCUCUCGCUUAUGCUCUACGAGUCUGGCUCUUUCAAGUACAAUACCAAUCACUACCCUGGUGUGCCUGGCCAAGGCACUCGCAACAUGCAAAGUCCAGGCUUCAACCUUAAAUACGCCCAGUGGCUAGCUGCGAACAUGACAGAUUCGGGUAUAUCGAUGCAGCAGGUGCAAGAGGCGGAACAAGAAGGUGCCGUCCAAAUACUGGCGCUCGUGAAUGGUGAUCGCUGGAGUUUUGCAUCAGCGGCGUGGUUUCUCACGACGCAGUGCGAUGAAGAGAUCAGCCAAGGACUUGCGACCUCAACAGAGGCAGGUUGGGAAGCAUACCUGACCGAAUGCGUGGGCACGACUUCGACAGACGAACGAACCGCAAUCUGGAAGAAGGCUAUCGCUUUGCAGAGAUGGAAGAACGGAGGGCAUGUGGUCUUUAAACUCAACAGAUACAGGAAUUUCAUCCAACAGCAUGAAGAAGGACCGAAAGCCAUCACAGCAAGUUCGAAAGAAAAGGGGGCCGGCAAGGAAGCUCUCGGCGCGAAAAACGAUGACCAGAGUGCCACUAUGCCUGGUGUCAGGAUCGAGAGUUCGAACCUCAAGCGCAAGCGUGCCGAUAGCGCAGGUUCACCUCCACCAAAAGAAGGCUCCAGUAAGCGUCAGCGUGGUGAGAAGGUCGGCUGCUUCAGAGUCGGCACAUACUCUGCCAUAUUCGAGCAGAAAGACCUUGACGAGUCUUUUACCCUGCACUUGCUCGUGAACAGCAACGCUGUACUCGACACCGAUGAUGAAGACGUCUGGCGAGCUCAGGAAGCAAAACUGCCAACGGCUUGCCUCAAUACGGACAGGUUCACCGAAGCAACCCUACACACAGCUUGGCUGUUUCUCCGAAAUGGCAAGCAACCUAACAUGUCGACCUACGCCAUCGAUCAGAAGUGGGAUGUGGGUGAGAAGUUCAGAGAACUCUCAGAGCUUUUCCCUGACAAGGGGCAGCUAUUUGCUGCUGCCACACUGUUCGACUUAGGUCUCGCAAUGCGAUGCCCUAAGCUUCAGAGAGCGGCAUACGAUUGGUAUGCAGAAGUCCGUUCGAAUGCCUGGAGCCCGAAAUGCUUCGCAAAUCCAUCCUUCUGCAGAUGGAUCGCCGAGAAGGUACCCGAGGAGGAGCAUAGAACGACGCAGUAUUCAUCAUGGUUGAAGGUUCUCAGAGAGUACGAUCCCAACAUGAUGAGGCUGAGAAAGGCCAUGAUCGAAACCACGGAUGAUGGCUUGGCUGGCCGGGCUACAGACCUUCCAGAGCUCGAGGCGUUGGAGCCUGUAUGGCUCUAUGACCAUCACCUGAGUGCCGAGGGCUCAGCAGAUGUGGCAGAUCCCGGUCUUCAAGGAGCCCCAAGCGGAGAAGAAGCCCUUCUCUCAGAUACAAAAGACGAGCAAUCGGACGACGAAGAAGAUUGA